CCGUCCUUGGCGUUCUCGCUGUCCUGGGCGGGCCUGAGCCUUUGGGUCUCCGGUGACGGGCAGAGGAGGCUACCGGCUCUGGACGGGCUCGUUUCGGUGGCAGACUGACCUUGGCCCAGAGUCGGAGCCGAUGGCAACUUGGGCUGUUAUCAGCUUGAGCAGGGUCGCUGCCCAGUGCUUGUGGCCUCGAGGCCCCGGGGUCCGGGUGGCUCUUCCGCGCUCCGCCCUGGCCUUCCAGCCUGAGGCCCCGUGCUGUAGCGCCGCUGGGGGUCGGACGCUGCACCUCACAGCCGAAGUCCCCGCGGGACACAACAAGUGGUCCAAAGUCCGGCACAUCAAGGGUCCCAAAGACGCAGAAAGGAGUCGCAUCUUCUCCAAGCUCAGCUUGAGCAUUCGCUUAGCGGUUAAAGAAGGAGGCCCCAACCCUGAGCUCAACAGCAACCUGGCCGGCAUCCUAGAGGUGUGUCGCAGCAAGCACAUGCCCAAGUCAACAAUUGAGGCAGCGCUGAAAAUGGAGAAAACCAAGGACAUGUAUUUGUUGUAUGAGGGCCGAGGCCCCGGUGGCUCUUCUCUUCUCAUUGAGGCAUUAUCUAACAGUAGUUCCAAGUGCCACUCGGACAUCAAACAUAUCCUGAACAAGAAUGGGGGAAUGAUGGCUGAAGGAGCUCGGCACUCCUUUGACAAAAAGGGGGUGAUUGUGGUUGGAGAGGAGGACAGAGAGAAGAAACCUGUGAACUUAGAGCGUGCCCUGGAGCUGGCAAUAGAAGCAGGAGCUGAGGAUGUCAAGGAGAUCGAAGACGAAGAGGAAAAGAACAUUUUUAAAUUUAUUUGUGAUGCCUCUUCACUGCAUCAAGUGAGGAAGAAACUGGACUCCUUGGGCCUAUGUUCUGUGUCCUGUACGCUAGAGUUCAUCCCCAACACAAAGGUGCAGCUGGCUGACCCCGACCUGGAGCAGGCUGCCCAUCUCAUCCAGGCGCUCAGCAACCACGAUGACGUGAUCCAUGUCUAUGACAACAUUGAGUAGCCAGACUGUACGUGCCCCUAGGCGGCCUAUUCUGUAGCACAAGCUUCUGCAGUGUCCCCUGAGACUCAAGCAGAUCGGGGGUGGGGGGCUGGUUUGCCUAGCAGGUUAGCAAGCAUAGACCUGCAGUUUUGCGGUCAGCUGACUCGCUACAUGUCCGUGAAGCCUCUUUGUCAGCUCUGCUGGUGUCUGAGCCCUCCUCGGUGAGUCCCCCACAUCCUUCUUGAUGUGAGGGGUGUGGCCAGUCAGCUAGUCAAGUUCUGUUCUCAGGAAUCUGGCCCUUGUGGAAACAGUAGGUGCCCUGAGGGUCCAUGUACUAGAAACUACUCUUCAAUAAUAACUAAUUAUUGACCUGAAUAGCUGCCCUGCUGUUGUGUGACUUGACUUUUCCUGGGUUUGUGUCCAGUUGGCGGGACCCUCUUGACUUUAAGUCUGUGGGCUUAGUUCCAGUACUCCAGUCCCAAGACUGUAUUUUUUUGAUUGACCAUAGAAACGUGACUCCCUCCAGGUGCUUUGUGUUCUAGUGCUGGUCUAGAAUCUGUCAUUCUUUCACAUACCUAAUAUCAAUCAAACACCUACUGUGUACCAGGAACUGUACUCACAAGCUGUUCAACUGAUGCCUUGUGCUGGAUCUGCUCUAAGACAUUGGACCUCAGGGAGAAGACACAGGAUCUCUCUCUCCUGGAGCUGUCUGAGGGCAACGUGAACUGCUGUGCACGCAUCCUUGUUCUCUUCCUGUGGCCUCUGUAUCCUUCUUCUGCCAGAGAGCUUAAGGCUCUAGCACAAAGGGUGCCAGUGUAAGGGACUCCCAGGCCUUGCUUUGUCCAGGUCCCUCUGUGACGUCCUGAGUGCUUUCACUGCUGAGUGAACCUAUCAGUGGGCUGCACUCAGGAAAAGAAACACCACGCUGGUUUUGAAAGCUGUCUGAUGCCCAGAAUGCCCGACUCUGGCCCCUCUUGAUCCCUGAUGCCAAUUGGAUGAUGGGGCACUGGGAACUGGAAAGGAAAUGAGAACAGAAAGAAGGGUGAAGAGCUGAGUCAGGAGCCUGGCCAGAUGGGAAAUAGGAGUCAUGGUGCCUUUUGCUCCGAAGAGUCACUUCUAGGUUCAGACACACCAGGAGUGCCAACCACCUGUGCUGGAGCCCGUCAAGUAUGUGGGGCCUGGAGUGGCUUUUUGGUCCCUGUUAUUCUCCUUCUUAUAAGUUGGUUAAGGCAGUUCUGAGCUCAGUGUAAUUUUCCUGAAGGAGCCUUAGGUAAAUUAGGAUGGAAAAGAACUAAAACCAAAUUGGCUCUAAGUGAUAGCUUCACUUUCUAGGAAAAACAGAUUACUAAUUCCAUGAUGACUUCAACAGCUGGAGAGUGAAGCCUGGGGGAAGAAAAUCAAUUAAAUAAUCCAUUAUGGUGCCAAGGCAUGCGCUCUUAUACCUCAUUUCAUAAUGGUGGUACUACCUGGGAUUUUUAGUUUUUAUAGGAGAUAAGUCAUCUAAAUAAAUGAAUAGCAUAUCAUUAAAACAGGGCAACAUAAAGUUUAAAUGCCACGUCCUAAUUUACAAGAUACUUUCAUAUUUUAUUUAUUUGACUUUCAAAACAAACGUAUAAAAUAGUCAGCCCAAGUAUUUUAUGCACAGAUGAUCUCAUACCAAGCAGGUGAAAACUCUGUCUUGCGUUCAUAGACCUUGGUUUAUAAAAUAGCUCUGUUUUGUGAAUGUUGAAUAUAGAUGAAUUUGGAGAAAUGUGAUCAUUUCUGACAUGAGUAGUCUUGUACUAAGGAAGCCUGCUCGAGAAGGGAACUUGGUUACUCAUGUGAAUAGUCCUCUGAUCUAAUAGAUAGGAUUUGUUACUGUGAAUUCUGUAAACCAGUUUGUUUGCAUCAAGACAUGCUAGACAGCUCUGCACUGACCCCUGGCGGUGCCCUGCAGUCUUCUUGCAGUUAAUAUGGAAAAGCCAGAAAUGAAAGCUUACUCAGACCUGUUCUGACUCCAGAUCUGAUAAAGAGAUCCUUAGCUACAUAGGUUAAAUAGCUGUUUAACUGAAAAUUUAAGUAAAGAUUGUAUGAGCUGUUUUGCCACUAGAAAUUAUUUUUUAAA